AUGCCGACGACCACCGUGGAGGACCUGCCCGCCGACGUGCUGGCCUGCGCGCUGCGCCGCCUCGACGGCCCGUCUCUGGCCGCCGCGAGCUGCGCCACGGCCGGCCUCCGCGCCCUCGCCGCGGACCCGGAUACAUGGCGCGCGCUCUGCCUCGCGCAGUGGCCGUCCCUUGAAACCCAGCAGCACAGCAUCCUCGGCUCUGCCGCCGUCUCUCCGCAGCGCCUCUUCGCGGACGCCUUCCCGUUCCCGUCGGACGACGCUGCCCCCCUUGCCGCCUCCGAUCAGUGCCUGCCCAGCGAGCUGAUCUCCGCGGUGGACGUCUACCACAAGGGAGCGCCCAUCUUCUCCCGGGCCGUGGAGACCUCCACGUCGUCCUCGUGGUUCCUCACGUCGCCCUUCCGCGUGGACGCCGUGGACUGCAAGAGCCCGGCGCCGGCCGCCUCGAUCUCCCCUGCAGAGCUGGAGCUGAGCUGGAUCGUGGUCGACCCGCGCAGCGGCCGCGCGGUUAACGUGUCGAGCCGGCGGGCGGUGGCCGUGGACAGGCACUGGUACACGGGCGAGACGCUGGUGCGGUUCGCGGUGGUGCUCGGCGGGUGCAAGUUCGAGGCCACCGUCACCUGCUCGGAGGAGGCCGGGUGCCUCAGGGAGGUCAGCCUCACCGUCGAGGACGCCGACGGCGCGGCGGCGAGCGGUGAAUGCAGUCUAAGGCUUCUUGCGGCGGCGAUGGCCGGGCCAAGGAAGGGAGGGGAGAAGGAAGGAGAGGAGGCCAAGAGGAGGUACGACGAGUUCGUGAGGAGCAAGAGAGGGAGGAAGGAGUCCAAGGCCAGGCGGGAGGUGCUCGUCGACUUGUGCUGCUCCGCCGUCAGCGCCGUCGCCGUGAUCAGCUUCCUCGCCUCCGUCGUGCUACGUUAG